AUUCUAACUGCUGGUACCUCUGAAUGCUCCUACAUCUUCAAUAACCCUCAUAAGACCUUGUGUGGUCUAUUGCCACAACACUGAACAGACAACACUACGGAUGAAGGGUGCGGUAGAAACUUCCUGGGACCGCUUUACUUCCUUCAUAGCUAUUUAAUAGUGGAAAAACAAUGACUUUUUUAUAGCCCACUCACAACAAAUAGAGAUUUGGGGGUGGAGUGCUCUAUUUGUGUGUGGUUGAGAGGUUUUCAGACUGUUUUUUGCUGAGUAGUGAGGGAUGGUGUUAGUCAAGCAGCUGGAAACAGAAAGAGCAGAAAAAAGAGGGCAGGAGGAGAAGAAGAACAAAACAAGAGACGCAGAGAAAGGGGGAUGAUCGUAUCCAUAUGGUGGAGCUUGUGUUCUUCACUUCCUGGACAGAGAGAGGGAGACGAAGAGAGAGGCUAGAGGAAGAGAGAGAGCUGGAAAGCCAACAAGGAGUGAGAGAAAAACAACUGGAAGCAUAGCACAGUAACCUAGAUCAUCUCAAGCUGUGAGCAUAUGACCGAGAGAGAACUGUAGAGACCGAUUCAAAGCAUGUGACCUUGAUUUAGUUACAUUGUGAUUGUGAAUGGGACGGGAUGGUUUUUUCUGAAGAUCACUGGGAGGGAUAGAAAGACAGAAUGAGUGAGACUGAAAGUUCCUAAAGCGCUGCGUUCAGGUUCAUGCACCACUGAUGACGUGAGGUCACUUAGAGGAAUUCAGGUUAGUGUUUUCAUUUUUUUCUGCUCUUUCUUCCUCUCCUGCCAUCUGGAGCUGUGAAGCACUUCCUUCCAUUUGCAGACGGUCCGAUUUUACGUCAAUGUGACGACCCUCAUGUGGUAUUCCCUUCACAAUCAUUUUUGCGCAUGGAGUCCAGGUCUGGGUCUUACCCUAAAGCUUGUUGGCCAACCUCUGGAUGUAGUUAACUGUCCUUUAUGGGAGUUUGUAGACAUCAGCUGAAGUUCUCAGAGGGGUGUUGCCUUGCCCUUAUAAGGCAAAACCAACCGAGUGGAAAAGUAUUUGAAUUUGUGGUGGUACUACUCCACUGCCUUUUCAGGUCUACAUGAUCUGGAGCUGGUGCUUUUCUUCACUUUUGGUUCCUCUUCUUGGAAACAUUUGCACAGACAAUGUUCACUGCCAGACAAUAGGGAGCUUUUGUCAGCGGGUGGGCAGCAUGUGUAUGGGCGCUCUGUCAUGAGCUCUCACAAGUGGAGUCAGAACAACUCACAAGAGGAGGAGGCCGGUCCUGGAUCUGCCCUCUGGCCAAAUACGCAUCCUGCUCAUGGGAGGGCAAACGUAUUAGUCAGUGUAAACAAGAAGGCUUUUUGAGGCUGUAACGCUGCUGGAUCUGACUUUGCAUGCUCAGUUUCUGACAGAGAGGGGAUGACAGUGUGGACCUCCGGUUUUAGCAUCACUGGAGAUCAACAGCAUGAGAUCUUUCAUCUAACUUGUAUUCAACCGCUCAGAUUCACACCUGUUUUUUGGAAAUUAGACUCUGCUAGGACACUUUUGAAAGCACCAUGACAGCAGCGGCAUGGUACCAUCGGGACAUCAGCCGCGUACAAGCCGAAGAGCUGCUGGCCCAUGCUGGGAGAGAUGGCAGCUUCUUGGUGAGGGACAGCGAAUCUGUGCCUGGAGCCUAUGCCUUGUGUCUGCUGUUCCAGCGACAUGUUCAUACAUACCGAAUCCUCCCUGAUGCAGAUGGAUUAUUGGCUGUGCAGGCCACGCAGGGAGUGCAGGUGAAUUGUUUCCGUACUCUUGGUGAUUUAAUUUUGGGGUAUCAAAACCCACGCAAAGGUCUGGUGGCCCCUUUGCUUUACCCUGUUAUGCGUGAAUCGGAGCCCAACGAUGAGAGCUCAGAUGGUGAUGAUGAGAAGCCAGGUUCAACAUUUGCCACCCCUCCACCACGCGCAAUGUCCCCUACAAGCCACCCUUUACCUUCCAGUUCAGCAGCCCCUCAUUUACUGCUGCAGAGGCUUCAGGAGCUCAGCCCAAAUAGUUUAGGCUGUGAGAUCGUCACAUUACUAGAUGAGUAUCUGCAUGGUAAUGUGUGUAAAGACCUGGAGAACAUGAAAGGGGGCGCGUCAGGACUGCAACACUUUCAGUGUAUCCUCAGCCGCGCAUGCGUCAGUCUGCACAGUGAGAUUGACCAGACACUGUCUAGUUUGGAGACUUUGGCGAAAGUGUUUGAUCAUCCUAGCGGCCAUCAUACCUUCCCCACAAUGCAGAAUACAGGGAAAAGCCCUGAAGAAAACAUGGAUAAUCUACUUCACAAGCUCACGGCCCUCUGUAACCUGUUGUCUUCUCUGGAGAAGAGGGUUCUCAAAGCUUUACAAGAAGCUGUUACCAAUCACAACCUAUCUUUGCAAUCAGCCACUCCUCCUGAAGCAGUUACAGCUACCAAAAAGCAUGCCCGACCCAAUCCAGUCCACAGCUUUCAGGUCAAGGUGGUCAGGUAUGGCAGACAAACAGUAUCGGUAGACAUAGAUGCAGGAGUGCUGCUAUUUGACAAGAAGUCUGGCUCAUUUGGUGUGGAGACUGUCACACACGACAGGAUCGUGCAGUUGGUAAAGUUUCAGAGAGGCUCUGCCAAACUGAAGAUGGUCGUUGACAGUCAUCACAACCCACCAAGAGAGCUAGUGUUUGAGAGCAUGAAGAAACGUGAAGCUUUCUGUCGGCUGCUACAGCUUAUGAAGGCUGCUCACUCCCAGCAGUCUGAGCUUGAUGUCAUCUCUGUGUUUGUGGGCACCUGGAAUAUGGGGGACACUCCACCACCUGCUUCACUGCAGACUUGGGUUACUUGCUGUGGUCUGGGUCUCACCCCAGAUGAGUCCAUUGCCUCUCUGCCUCAUGAUAUCUAUGCAGUGGGCACUCAGGACAACCCGCAGAGCGAGAGAGAGUGGGUUGAACACAUCAGAGCCACGCUUCGGAGUGCAACCAACAUCGACUUCAAACAGGUGGCAGUACAGUCCCUCUGGAAUAUCAGACUGGCUGUGUUUGUGAAACCAGAGCAUGAAGGACGCAUCAGUAAAGUAAACACCGCUAGUGUAAAAACUGGCCUGGGAAACACGCUUGGAAAUAAGGGAGCAGUAGGAGUUUCUCUUCUCUUUAAUGGCACCUCAAUGGGCUUUGUGAACUGCCAUUUGACUUCUGGUAGUGAUAAAGCACUCAGGAGGAACCACAACUUCCAAGACAUCCUCAGACUUUUGUCUCUUGGAGAAAAGCAGCUCAGCACUUUUGACAUUAGCCUUCGUUUCAAUCAUCUCUUUUGGUGUGGAGACCUCAACUACCGCCUGGACCUGGAUGCACUGGACAUAUUGAAGCAUGUUUCAAAGCGAGAAUUCGAGGAGCUGAUGUGUGCAGACCAAUUGACCAGAGAGCGGCACAGAAGAAAGGCCUUUUUUAACUUUAAGGAGGAGAAGAUUUUGUUUCCACCCACCUAUCGAUAUGAACGUGGUUCUAGAGACUGUUAUCUAUGGCAGAAAUACAAGUCCAGUGGGGUGCAAGUUAAUGGGCCCUCAUGGUGUGACAGAGUUCUGUGGAAGUCCUACCCAGAGUCUCACAUAACCUGUACCUCAUAUGGAUGCACAGAUGACAUCUUCACUAGUGACCACUCUCCUGUUUUUGCAACUUUUGAAGUCGGUGUAAUAUCACAGUUUCCCAGGACAGACUCAGGUUCAGAGAGAGCCAGCAUUGAGCUGGAGGCGAUUGAGGCCAUAGUGAAAACGGCAAGCAAGGCUAAGUUUUUCAUCGAGUUCCACUCCCGCUGUCUAGAAGAGCCUCGCCGUUCUGCUGAGAAUGACUCCCAGUGCUGUGAGGUGCCAGGGUUUCUCAAACUUGGCUGGUCUUCAAAACAGUUUCCCAAGUUCCACCCAGUUUUCUCAGAUUUAGAGCAUCUCCGGGAUCAGCACUUGCUGUUGUCUGUGAAGUCAUGUGAUGGCUUUGAGUCAUAUGGGGAGUGCUGUGUGCCUCUUCGCUCGGUAACAGGAAAAUCAUCGGAUCCAUUUGAGACAUGCUUGACUCACAGAGGAGAGGAGAUGGGCUCUAUUCGUGGACGAAUCAGGGUCUAUGUACCACCAGACCGCAGAAGGAUCCGGGAAAGGGUCUAUGAGUGGCUCUGUAUUGAGAAGGAUGAGAAGGAAAUGACGAAGGACCAUUUGUCUCGCCCUUCUUCCUGUGCGUUCCCCACCCAAGCACCACCAGCCUCGUAUAUGACAGCUCCAAACAGCUACACCAAUCCUGCGUACUUCAUCUUUGAAGGGCUGCCUGUGUUGCAGAGAGUCGAAGAGAUUCCCUCAUCCAGCAAAGAAUCACAAUUAGUACGGGCCAAAGACACUGUGAUACAGCUCCCUAGAGUGACUGGAGGUCACAGCCAUGGCAAAAGGUCCGCUCGGAGAUCCGACUUCACAGAGAUUGAGAUUCCUGGCUCCUUAGCACCCUAUAAACCAUCUUGUGAUACUCAAAAUGAACUGUCGUUGACUGCAUCCUCUUAUCAGCUUUUCCCAGGUCCAGAUGUUCCUAAUACAUCCCCAAAUCAAAGACACACUCCUUCCUCAAAUCCAUCUUUACAGUUCCAGCCCCAUAAGAACAAUAUGACACAGGGUUCAGUAUUAUCAGUCAAAAAACUCACAAACUCCUACAUGAACCAUUCUGUUUUUUCUCGGGACAUACAGACGCCACUCAAAGACAAAGUCAGAAAGGACUAUCACAGGCAGCAUCAAGGCCGGCCCAUGCCAAUGCAAAAUGGACCAAAGCUAUACCCCUAUGUAUCCACAAGGGUUCCCAUCCAUGAAUCCUCAGCACCCUGGACUGUAGAGCAGCCAACUACAGCUUCAGGAGACAACUCUCUUACAGCUCUGCAAAUUGCUAAAUCACUAAGUGAGGUGGAUUUUCAGCCAGUAGACAGAAAGUACCAAUUUCAUGAAAUGUCUUCUCAGCAAAGGCAUCAUGGGUAUGAUUAUGGUUUAGCUAAUGAAAGAAACUACAGCUGGGAGAAAGAGGUGUCAGUCUUACAUGGAGCCCCAGAAACAGUGCGGGAACUGCUCAGCACUCUGGGUUUGCAGCGUUACACGCUGGACCUCAGCCGCAAUGGCUGGGAUGAUCUUGAUUAUUUCAGUGGUAUUACUGAUGAGGAGCUUGUUGCAGCGGGUGUGUCUAACCCAUCUCAUCGACGAAGAAUCUUGGAGAACCUUCCCAAGAUCUGGGACUGAACACAAAGAGCCUGAGAGACUAUCAGGUGUCAUAUCAGGAGACUAAUGACCAGCUCAAUAUUUGCAUUCCAUACAUAUUUUUUUACUCUCCUUUGUAAUUUCAAAAGUUUAAAUUCCAUUCAUAAUAAAGCUCAUCGCACUACCGGUAAGUGUU